AAAAAAUCAUACUAAGAACCAACUUGACCGACCGCACAAUUUUCAUGAAUUAAAUGGGUGAUUUACUCUGGAGGAAGCUAAUCUUCAUCCCACCCUACUGUACCAGCUGACACGGACAUCAUCUCACGCGUGCUUGCUGUAUAUCCAAUUCUUCAUACUUUUCCUUCAUUGCCCAAAAUAAUUUUGUUACGUUUCCCUCCAACUAUUCCAAUCCAUCUUUUAAUUCACCUUCUCCCCCUUGUAACCCAACACAGAUUACAUACAUCGAAUUCCUCGGUUAUUUCCUUUCCCAGAUUUCGGUUGUUAUUAAUUAUCAUAUUAUUAUUCAAUAUUCAUGGCGUCGAGUUUUGAUCGAUGGGAAAAAGAUCCUUUCUUUAACGCGGCCGAAGAAGUUCAGGAAUCUGCAGACAGGAUGGAAUCUACAUAUAGAACAUGGAUUCAUGCAAGGAGAGAUGCGUCCAGCCCAUGGAACUGUGAUGAACUCCGCCGAGAUCUAGAAACUACUCUUGGCACUGCUAAAUGGCAGUUAGAGGAAUUUGAACGGGCAGCUAGGUCAAGUUAUAGCAGAGUUUCAAGUGAGGAUGCGAGAAAUAGACACCGGGAUUUUAUUCAUGCCAUUGGUGACAAGAUUCAGAAAGUUGAACAUUCGUUACAAGAAUCUGUUCAUUCAGGUAGCAAGGCAUCUCUGCCUUGGACGCGUCUGGAUGAAGGAGAACGAGAUGAGCUUGCGUCGUUUCUUUCGGGAAUACCGGUUCUCAUUAAAUGUGUUGGCAGAGACAAUGAAAGUCUGCAAGCUAAUUGUUCAAGCAAUUUACAUGUUUCAUCUGGGUGGGGUUCGUCCGAAGCAGCGCUGGAGAAAUCACGUGGGCAUCGCAGGGCAGCUAGUGCUGAUGCUGAUAUUGGUACUUGGAAAAUCACUGUUUCUGACGAUGUGCAACAAUCUAGUUCCUCCAAUGGUUCUUCUGGUCCUACUCCUAUGCAUAAGGUAGCCAGUCUCUCUGGAUUUUUUGGUUCUAUGGAAACCAUCUCUAAGUUCAAGUGGCCUAAGAAUGGUUAUAGAAAGCUCAAAGCGGUUAAUCCUUGUGAAGAAGAGGACAAGGCACUGCUACCACCAGCUGGAUUGAAUGGGGGCAUCGAAGCAUACUAUGAGAGAAGUAAGAGUUCCCUUGGCAAUUGUAAUGAAUGUUAUGAUAAGCAACUCCACGGGUGGUAUGGGGCUCUCCAUAGGCAGCUUCAAAGAUCUCAAUACCAAAUGCAAUACAAUCGACCAGUUCAAAUAGCUGUAUGGGCUGUUAUUCUCCUUUGCUUUAUUGUUUUAAUUGCUUUUUGCACGAUGUAGAAAGGAAGAUUUAGAUAAAUUUUCUAUCAAUUUCUGGUUGCGGCAGGCAGAAUGGGAGAAUGGACAAACAAUCUUUUGAUUCGAGUUCAUAUAAUCUAUGUUGUCGCUUAAGCAAGCGAGAGUUUUUUAUCUACUUCUCGCUGGCAUACAUGGUGUCGAUAUAACAUUUCAAGUGCUUUGAUAUUAUUACUACUUAGAGUCUUCCAUUAUACAUAGCAGUAGCAUUUCCUUAUUUUUUUCUUCUUCUCAUUUUUGCUAUCUAUUUUUCGUUCACCUAUUCCAGAAUGGUCUCAUGAAGAUUGAAGAGUAUUCCCUCUUCGCUGUUGUACUAUAUCACAAGAUGUAAAUGACAAAGUCAAUGGACAUAAAUGUUGCAACGAAUAAGAUUUUAGCUUGCAUGUAUAAAUUGAGGAUAAUAUACCAUGAUUCUGUUUGGAUUAUU